GCGCUUCUGGGUGACGUGUGAACUCCAGGAGAGCAGCGUCUGUGCCUUUCCUGUUUACCAUGUCAUCUGUGUAGCCGGUGACAGCCCUGGGGAGAGCUCCAGUGCAAAGAACACCCAGUGCGCCAGUGAGAGGAGGAGGACGGAGACACAGAAACCGCUGCUGCUCCCAACAGCAGACCAAGGCGGGCCCCAGGGGGUCUGUCAGGCUCUGCUCAGGGGCCAGAACCUAGGAGGCCAAGAGGGCAGCCGAGGGGACGAAGGGGCCUAAGGACUUCGUUGCCAGAUAUGUACCCCAACCAGGAGCAAGGCAUGAAUUUCGGUGAGGGAGGUACCCCAGCCCCAGAUAGUACUGUGGUGCCUCAGAAUCUGCUGGAAGAAAUGCUUUGGUUUUUUCGGGCGGAAGAUGCAACUCCUUGGAAUAUUUCUGUCUUUGCCCUGGCGGGUGUGGUGGUCGUGAUAAGCAUCGUCCUCCUGGUAAGGAACAUCAAGGCAAAGAGAAAACAAAAGAUGCAGCCACGGGAAAAACAAACUCUGGAGGUCUUGGCUGAGAUCAGAAUCAAAGAUGAAAACGGUCCGAACAUCGUAAGAGAGACUUUGCUCUCAGAGAAGCCGGAUUCAGCCCAGGUGGAAAUUGAGUUAAUAGAGUGAAGGAAAAAAAAAAAAAAGGAGAGAGAGAGAAAGGUGCCACCACUCUUCCUUCCAGACCCACAAGCAUCCAAGAGCUAAUGGGUGUGCGGAGCAGUGCUCGCAUGUUGUCAGCAGAUAAAAUGAAAGAACUGACAUCCAACUAAGAUUCUGUUAUGAAAAAAACCACAACACCUUUUUAUUAAAAAGCUUCUGGAUAUGGGCAGUUGGAACUGCAGUUUGUUCAAACGGCGGUGGUCCACACACACGCGGCUUCUAGCAAAAGUGUAAAAUCCAUAGUCAGCCUGUGGGCGGGGAAGCCUGGCCGGGACUCCUCGUAUGGCCUUGAG